CAAAAUAGUACAUUACGAUACAAGUGCGAAAAAUAGGAAAUUCGAAACGAGUGGCGAUAAAUUAAAACACGACAGAAGGGAGUGUUUUAAAUCGACACGAGUUGCGAAUUACCUAUUCGCACAUGUAUCGUACAACGUUUUACAGUACAUAUGGCCCUUUAAAUGUUCGACACAGUAACGUAAUAUGCUACUUCUCGCACUAGUGCUAUAAAGUAGCCCCAUAUGUACUGUAAAUAUGUUUCCAGGCUUGGCACCCGAGCUGUGGUACUACUGGCAGAUGUACCCGUACAUAUUCGGCGAGUUCACAUGCCGUCUCACCAACUUCCUUAGAGCCACAGGCACCUGGGCUUCAGCGCUCACUGUAGUCGCGUUCUCCAUAGAACGUUACACCGCGAUCUGCCAUCACUCUCCCUCACGUUCGCGGGACCGUAGGCGAGUUGCGAUGGCGAUACUCGCUAUUUGGACCGUCAGCGUCGCGACAGCUCUGCCAGGGGUGCAUGUGCACCAUGUUGUGACGAACCCUGUUGUGGUGUAUCCUGGCACAGGAAAGGUCCCAUUACUCACGCAGCUGUGCCGCGUCCCUGAAGACGACCAGUACAAAUAUUACAACCACCUAUACGCCGCCACUUGCGUGCUGUUCUUCUUUAUACCUAUGGCUGUGCUGAUAUUAGUGUAUAUUAAAAUUGCAGUGUUUAUAAGAUCGCACAGACAACUGGCGAGAAAUAACGGCAUCAGAAAUAACUGCUCGGAGGAUAAUAAAAUCUUCAAAGUAUUAGUGGCAGUGGUGCUUGCUUUCUUCAUGUGUGGCGCCCCGUACCACUACCAACGGCUAACCACAAUAUACAGUGACUCGGAUGAGUACCCGGAGUAUCACAGGAAAAUGUUCGUGCUAACGGCGCUGUUUUACUAUUUGUCGGCCACAAUCAAUCCCAUUCUCUACAAUGCCAUGAGUAAGAGGUAUCGAAAAGCAUUUAAGGAGGUCAUUACCAGGACAAGAACACAACAAAUUGUUCCAAUGACUACACUAGCCAAGGGGACCAGCAAAAAAUAUACGACUACCGCAGAUUCUUUUAUCGCAGUAGCUACUAGAUGUUGAUGAAACAUAUCGGUUUUUUUUAGAUUUUAUAAUAUAGCAGAACUUAACUAUACUUAGUCUAGUUUAUGAAUAUGUGUACAUUUUUUCACCUUAGGGGUCAUUCAUUCAUUACAUCACACGUUUAGGGCGAGAGUGGGAAGAAAAUGUGACAUGUUUUGACAAGAGGAAGGAGGCAGUCACAAAAUUUGUGACGUUACUUUAACUUCAUCAGUAAGAGCAGAUUUUUUUUAUUCGCUGUGCAGUCAAAUAACGAGUUUAAUUUUCUUUCCUAAUCGGUUGUGUUAUAAUUACUAACUAACUACUAUUUCUUUUGUUAAAAAAUAUUUUGAUAAAAUAUUAAUAGUACCUAAUUCGAUUCACUGAUUUUGUUGACAAAAAAAUGCCAAAAAUAUGAUGUCACACCUGGUGUAAUUUGGCAAAACUGACAAGAAGGGGCAGGUCAAAAAUCUAGAAAUUCGUUUCACGUUAUUAAUGAAUGACCCCUUAUUGCAAUGGCCUUACGGUGAAGAAAUAUACAUAUACAUGUAUUUAUGAACUCGAUUGUACAACAUCGCACCAAACUAUUUCUAAGGCUAUGAUAAAAAUAAACGACAGACAAAAAUAAAAACGAGUAGGUUAUGAUAAAUACUACAUCUGUCCGUCAAUACAACAAUCUAUAAACUUUAAGUUUGUUUAUUUUGAUUUUAUGCUCGAAAUAUUGUUUUUAAUAUUAUACAGUAAAAUAGAACUUGUAAUAUAAAAUAUAUUUGAAGGAGGUUCA